AUGAAUGCAGAUCAGAUACCUCCUAUCGCCAUUAUCGGCAUGAGCAUGAAACUACCAGGAGAUAUCAAAUCCUCGCAGGCUUUGUGGGAUAUCUUGAAAAAUGCCCAAUGCCUUACAGGAAAGAUCCGCGUCCAAAACGCCCACUUCAUGAACGAAGACCCGCGGGCAUUUGACGCCCCCUUUUUUAGCAUGUCCCCUGCAGAGGCGUGUAUACUAGACCCUCAACAGCGAGGCUUGCUGGAAGGCGCGUUCCAUACUUUUGAGAACGCCGGAUAUCCGAUCGAUAAAAUUGCUGGCACCAACACGUCUGUUUUUUGUGCUUCCUUUGGACGCGACAAUGAAGCUAUCGUCUCACGGGAUCCCGAAUUCCAAUCCAGAUACCAGGGGACCUCGUCAGGCAGCACUAUGCUAUCCAACCGAGUUAGUUAUUUUUAUGACCUUCAUGGUCCCUCUAUCACGGUUGACACAGCAUGCUCAAGUGGGCUAUAUGCUCUUCACUUGGGCUGUCAGAGUGUUCUUUCCGGGGAGUCCGACAUGAGCCUCAUUUGUGGAGCCAAUGUUUAUAUGACACCCGAGUGCAUGAGUAUUCCACUCAGUAACGCUGGAUUUUUGGGACCGGAUGGUCGAUCAUACAGCUUUGACCAUCGGGCAAAUGGUUAUGGGCGUGGCGAGGGCUUUGCUUUCAUUCUCAUCAAAUUGCUACACAACGCGGCACGAGAUGGAGAUGUCAUCCGAGCUGUCAUCAGGGCAACGGGGGUUAACCAGGAUGGCAGAACCCCAAGCAUCACACAGCCUAACUCCAAAGCCCAGGUCGAUCUUAUACGAAGGACUUACCAGGCGGGCGGCCUGGACCUUGCUCACACCGAGUACGUUGAAGCUCAUGGCACCGGGACCCCUGUGGGGGAUCCCAUAGAAGCUAGUGGCAUCGGCGCAGUAUUCCGGCAGCAUCGCACCAGGCCAGUUCAUAUUGGAUCAAUCAAGUCCAAUAUAGGACACCUUGAAGGGGCAAGCGGUAUCGCUGCGAUUCUCAAGACGGUGCUGAUUCUGGAGAACGGUGUGAUUCCCCCAAACGCGAAUUUUGAGAAACUCAACCCCGAGAUCGACGCAGCAGCCUUGAAUAUCAAAGUCCCAACAAGCCCAGUAGCUUGGCCUUCUUCAGGAUUACGGCGCGCGUCAGUCAGUUCUUUCGGUUACGGCGGAUCAAAUGCUCAUGCCGUGCUGGAGGACGCACAGAAUUAUUUACGUCUCCGUAACCUCAAGGGUUAUCACUUGCUGCCAGACUUCCGUUCCACAGCCCACAGAACAGUAAGUAACGGUCUUAUAAGCGGUGAACCCAACGACAUUGACAGCUCCAUCAACCUGAAUGGUUCGUCAAGAAAUAGGACUCAAGUUUCACGCGCUGUCCUCGUUUUGUCCUCUUUCGACGAGGAUGGCAUUCGCCGAUUGGCCGAGAGCCUAGAACAACACUUGGCCCUCUUCCCUUCACGAGUGCAAACUAAAGAGGACUUGAACAACUUGGCUCACACGUUGUUGACCCGGAGAUCCGUUUUCAAUUGGCGGGGAUUUACCAUUGUAGAUCUUGCCAAUGGUGUUCUCUCCAAACUGGCAGAGGGUCUAUCGAUACCCAACCUAACCUUGUCCUCCAAGAAUUCUCUCCUCAACUUCGUCUUUACUGGACAAGGAUCUCAGUACGCACGUAUGGGCCUUGAUCUAAUUCAGUAUCCGGUGUUUGAGCAGAGCGUUUUGAAAUCUGACCGUCAUUUAUCCUCUAUUGGGUGUUCUUGGUCAGUCUUGGAAGAGCUCGAGUUCUCGGAAUCUCGAUCACGUGUUCAUUCUCCAGCAGUUUCCCAGGCGCUUUGCACAAUCAUCCAGGUUGCUCUCGUUGAUCAGCUGCGAGCCUGGAAUGUGACACCUACUGCUGUGUGUGGACACUCGUCUGGUGAGAUUGCUGCUGCGUACUGUGCCGGUGCAAUCACAAGGGAGAGCGCGUGGUCUAUUGCGUAUUUCCGCGGGGUUGUUGCCGAGAGGCUGAGUUCCGAUCCCAAGUUAGGGCCGACAAGGAUGAUGUCGGUUGGCAUGAGCCUCGAAGAUGUGCAGCCUUACUUGAAAGGUUAUCAAGUCUGUGUGGCCUGCGUCAACAGUCCUCAGAGCGUCACUUUGUCUGGGGCCCAAGAGUCAAUCGAUAAGCUUUGGCGCCGACUUGAAGAUCAGGAGGUCUUCGCAAAAAAGUUGCCAGUACCGAUAGGUUAUCACUCAGAUGUGAUGCAAGCCGGAGCCGCUAUCUACCAGUACUACAUUUCCGGGCACAUUGCCAAACCUUGUCAAGGCGAAGCCCCCUGGAAUCACACAAUGGACUUCUUCUCCUCGGUAACUGGAACACGGAUUGAACUUGAGGAGCUCCGCAACCACGGCUACUGGGUAAGAAACCUAUUAUCACGCGUCCAAUUCUGCCAAGCUCUCCAAGCCAUGUCUCAGUCGGGCGACGUCAAGAAGCAAGGAAUUCGCAUCGUUGUCGAGGUAGGACCUGACGCUGGCCUGCGUCGCCCCAUCCAAGACACCCUCAAUCAAUGCUUGCCGCCCAAGUCAUGGAAAUAUGUUGCCACGAUGAAAAAGUCCGCUCAAGACGUCUCAAUUUUGCUGAAUCUUGUCGGCGAGCUAUGGAGCGUUGGUAUCAUCGUGGAUGUCAACAAAGCCAACCAAGACUCAACUGAUGCGGAGGGAACACCUAAACCGUUUGUCGACUUGCCUUCGUAUGCCUUCAACCACACCAAAUUGUUUUGGGAAGAAAGUCGAAUCAGCAAGCAGUAUUCUUUCCGUCCUUUUCGCCGUCAAGCACUGUUUGGGAUCCGAGACAAAGACUGGAAUCCUGCAGAGCCUACAUGGAAGAAUAGAAUCAGAGCCGAGGAAAGUCCUUGGAUCCUUGAACACGGCCUCAAUGGAUCUCCACUGUAUCCCGGGGCCGGCAUGAUCGUUAUGGCGAUCGAAGCUGUGCGCCAGCUUGCUACACACGCAAGUCAUCGGAUUAAAGGCUAUAGACUCAAGAACAUUCACUUCCAGAAAGCUAUAACCCUCGAUAAGUCAGAUAGAGGCGUUGAAACCAGGAUCCAAAUGCGCCCACGGAAACAGGUUACGAACAAUCCUAUCCAAGACCGGUACGACUGGCGGGUCUACGCUAUUGCAAACGACGAGUGGACAGAGUGCGCUUAUGGUUCCAUCGAACUCGAGCUGGAUUCCAAUGUGGAAAAGGAGCGAACAACCACCAAAGCUGCUCGCUUUGCACGAUUCUCCGAGAAGAUUAAGGAAGAGUAUAGACAAGAUGCAGAAAUGUGCGUGCUUGGGGUACAUCACACACAAUUCUACGACAACAUCCAAAAGCACUCAGGCUACGACUACGGCAAUGCAUUCCGGCAGCUUCGCGACAUCAAAUACGACCGAUCUGGCCAUGCAUCUGCUAGCCUAUCUCUGAGAAACUAUUUAAACACUAUGCAACUAGCUUCCGAGGACCCAUGCGUAAUACAUCCGACCGCUUUUGAUGCUAUUUUUCAGGCGCAAAUGGUUGCUUUGUCACAAGGUGGCUGGCAACCUAUUCCCACAAUGAUGUUUACGCAUUUGAAGUCACUUUGGGUCUCACACUCUAUUUUCACAGCCCCCGGGAACCCCAAGGUCGCAAUUGCGAGUCACGAGACCAUGCGGACGUUUCGGGAGGUUGAGUGCAGAACUGUGGCGAUUUUUGAUGACUCAUUAGAACCGGUGCUCGUGAGCAGCGGACAGCGUGGCACUGCCAUCACUAGCCUUGCCAAGUCUCUGAGUUUCAUUGGAAAAUCCGUUGGCCAGAUGUCUUACGGAAUUGACUACAAACCAGAUCUUUCUCUUCUUCGCCCUGGGGAGAUACAAGCUUAUAUGGAGUCUGUGUUCCGAAAAGAUGGGAUUCGGCCACCGUUGAAGGAAAAUAUUGAUAGAGCUGAUGCCAUGGCACUCCACUUCGUCGAACUUGUGCUUGAAAAGCUCGACGAAGCAGGCGUGACGAAGUUUGAGGGGCACCUGGAGAAAUAUGUCACCUGGAUGCGUUGGGUGACUGCUAAUCGGCAAAAGUGGACUCUUGAAUCCAGAGGAAGGUCAGAUAUCAAGAUCGAAGAUGUAAUCGCUAACGCCGACCGAGAACCCUCCCAGCGUUUAGGGAAAACUGUCGGUACAAAUCUAUACGAAAUAUUGACAGGUAAAAAAACCCCUUUGGAGAUAAUCUUCGAAGGGGGGCUCGUUGAAGACUUUUAUCACUCCGACAUGUUCUCGCAGAAUGAUACCAAAGUCGGCGCAUACAUGAGAUUUCUGGCACAUGCCAAUCCACAUAUGCGUAUUCUGGAAUUGGGUGCUGGGACAGGUAGUUCUACAGCUCAGAUUCUACCAUCCCUUAUCUGUAACAUUGGAAAUUCACAACAAACCGUUCUUUUUGCUGAAUACGCCUAUACUGAUAUCUCCCCGAGCUUUUUUUCGAAGGCUCAGGAGCGCUUCUCUACUAUCUCAGAGAAGAUGCGCUUCCAAAAGCUGGACCUUGAGUUGGACCCGGUAUCUCAAGGAUUUGAUGAAGGAAGCUAUGAUGUCAUCAUAGCCGGCAACGUUCUUCACGCCACGUCGAACAUGCUGCAUACACUUUCUCGUGUUAAAACUUUACUUCGUCCAGGCGGAAAACUGAUCAUGGGCGAGACCACGAAUCUAGACAAUCUGAGAGACAAGUUUGUGUUUGGUCUCUUGCCAGGAUGGUGGUUACAGAAAGAGAAGUGCUGGACUACAGAUGAGGAGUAUCGCAACCAAGGUCCCCUGUUGACCGAAGAGCAGUGGGCCGAGGUACUCCCAAUGGCAGGAUUUUCUGGCAUCGAAAUGGUUUUCCGAGACCACGACCAUAAGCCAUACCACCGUGUGUCGAUUAUCGUCUCCUCUUCCAUCGAAAACCUGACUUUGAGCCCCCCGGCUGGCCCAUUCACAAUCAUAAUUGAUACCCGCUCGUCGCUACAGCAAUCAAUAGCAGACAUGGUGAAGCUCUCGACUCUUCAGGACCUCGAACCGGACAAACACCCCGUCAUUAUUGACAUCCAAGACACCUUGAGCUAUAACUUUCACCGAACCAAAGUAAUAAGUCUUUUGGAGCUCGAUCAGGUGCUGCUACUUGGCGCCAAUGAGUCAACAUUUAGCGCAGUCAAGAAGAUAAGCCUUGAUUCCGAGUUCGUUCUGUGGGUAACAUCAGGAGGGUGUCCGCCCUCAACCAUUCCUGCGUCAGAAAUAGCCACUGGCUUUGGUCGCACAGUCUGCUCUGAGCGAGAAGACCAAGGCUUUAUUACAUUGAGCCUGCAAGAGCCAGCGCAAAGGAUGUCGGAAGCUGCGAGGCAUAUUGUUCGUGUUCUUGAAAGCCUCAUAUCACGGUCACCUAUCAAGUAUAAAGAAUCCGAAUACAUGGAACUCGACAACGUCAUCAAUAUCCCGCGGGUCUUACCCCAGGUCGGUCUGAAUCAGAUCAUCUAUUCACAUUCUACGGGCCAUCACGGUUUCAAGAUGUAUACGGUCGGAGGCCGGCACCCGAAACCACACAUUAGUCUCAAAAUUGACACGCCGGGACUCCUUGACACGCUAGUGUACGAGGAGGACGCAUUGGGAGAGGAUCCACCGGGAGAAGGCUUCGUGGAAAUUGAGGUUCACUCUACCAGCAUGAACUUCAAAGACGUUGUCAUUGCUCUGGGUCAGGUCCCUGGUCGCAGCUUCGGGUUCGAUGGAGCUGGUAUCAUCUCUAGAACCGGCCCUGGCAGCGAUUUUCAAAUCGGGGACCCUGUUCUUUACUGCUAUGCCUCUGGCGGCGGUUUUGGUACCUUCAUCAAGUGUCCUGAACUAUUGGUGUCGAAAAUCCCCAACAACCUGCCUUUCGAUAUCGCUGCUGCUAUACCUGCGGUAUAUUGCACAGUAGUCUACGCCUUUGACUACGUUGCCCCCUUGAAAAAUGAAGACACCGUUCUCAUUCAUGCCGGAGCGGGUGGAGUCGGUCAGACCGCUAUUCAGCUAGCAAAGAUGAAGGGGGUCUCUGACAUAUUUGUCACCGUGGGGAGUGACCUUAAACGAAAACUUGUUAUGGAUAAGUUCGGUAUCCCAGAAGACCAUAUCUUCUACAGCCGAGACACCACUUUCGCGGAAGACAUACUGGCCGCAACUAGUGGGCGAGGUGUCGACGUCGUGAUGAAUACCCUCGGAGGUGAACUUCUCCAACAGUCCCUCGAGUGUACCGCCCCGCUCGGAAGGUUUAUUGACAUCAGCAAGGCUGACAUAUUGGCCGACAGCAUGUUGUCAAUGUCCGUAUUUGACCGUGGCAUCAGCUUUUCCGCGAUAGACAUGGUGGUUGUCCAGGACACAAACCUCAGUUUGAUGGGCAAGAUCCUUGAGGACGUCGUCAAGUUGUUCAAGGCACAUCCAGAGCUUGAGGUGCCAUCGCCUCUCCACGUGUACCACCCUGGAGAAUUGGAGGGGGCAAUGCGUUACUUACAAAGCGGCAAGAAUAUGGGCAAGGUCGUCGUCAGCUACGCUAGCCAAGGUGAUGAGAUGAAGUAUCGUCCCGCUACGAGACCUUCAUAUCACUUCAGCGACUCUGCGACUUACGUUGUUGGUGGUGGUCUUGGUGGUCUCGGGCGCGAGAUUAUCCGCUGGAUGUACACUCGUGGGGCGAAACACUUCAUCAUCCUUGGCAAGUCGGGAAUCGCCAAGGCCGGCGCAGCCAAGUUCAUCCAGGAGUUGGAGCUCGGCGGUGCCCGAGUAUGGGCCCCAGCCUGCGAUCUCAGUGACCGAAAUCUCCUUCAGAGUAUCUUGAAUGAAGCCACCACAAAAAUGCCGCCAAUUAAGGGUUGCAUCCAAGCAGCCAUGGUUCUGCAUGACAGCACAGUCGAGAAAAUGUCAGCGGAGUCGCUACAUGAGGUUCUUCGACCCAAGGUCACUGGCUCCUGGAACCUUCACGAGCUCCUGCCUGGGACCCUGGAAUUUUUUGUGCUUCUCUCCUCCUUUUGCGGUAUCAUGGGAAACCGAGGUCAAAGCAAUUAUGCCGCUGGCAACACGUACCAAGACGCGUUGGCUCGACACCGUGCCUCGAUGGGCUUGAAGGGCGUGUCCAUCGAUCUGGCUCUUGUUGGAGAGGCCGGCUGGGCACACCAAAAUCACGAGCUCACCGCGAAGAGCUUCCGAGUCGGGCACGGUGGAAUUAAACAGUCAGAGUUGAUGACCCUCCUGGAUGCAGUUUGUGAUCCUUCAUACAACUGCGGCGCACAAGUGGUCAACAUCAUUGACACUCCAGAGAGCCUAUACCGCUUAGCCAAGGCAGACGUUCUUCCAUGGAUGAAGAAACCGCUGUUUAGUGGUGUCAUGCGAAUCGGCGAAAAUGCCUGCUCGACCAUACAGGGCGACAGUGAUCACAGUAACAUGAACGAUGACGAAGAUAAAGUCAGUUAUGUUGAUCUGGUAGUUGCUGCAGCCUCUGUUGAGGAGGCUAGCGAGAUUGUGGCCCAAGGACUUGUGCAAAAGCUAAGUAAGUCCCUUUGUGUUGCACCGGAGAGCCUUGAUAUAGAAAAGGCAGCGUACGUGCUCGGAGUCGACUCCCUAAUUGCUGUUGAAGUCCGAUACUGGUUUGCGAAGAAACUGGGUGUCGAGGUGGCCGUCUUCAAUAUCUUGAAAGACAGAAGUCUACUGAGCCUCAGUAGGGAGGUUGUUCUUCUACUCCGACAGUAG